CCUAACCUUUUCAUCGUCAGCUGUGACGAUCUUGUUUUCUCUCUCUCGCUGUCAUUUUUAUUCACAGCAACUAACAAACUUCUUGAUCUUCUUCUUCGUUAAUUUCCUCACUUUUUCUUCACAAAAUCUCUGUGUUCUCACCAUUUUUCAGCUUCCAAUUCCACAGGAUUAAGAGUUGCUAUGGACUAUGAAUUUUAAAUAACGAAGAGCUGUAGUAAUAAUCAUACUGGUUAAGAACUGAUUAAUAGAGGAGGAAAAAAUGGCGUUUAAGCCGUUGGUUUGGUACUGCAAGCCAGUGGCGAAUGGAGUAUGGACAAGAGCAGUGGAGAAUGCAUUUGGUGCAUAUACACCUUGUGCUACUGAUACUUUAGUUAUAGGGAUAUCUCAUUUGAUUGUGAUGGCUCUUGGCUUCUACAGAAUUUGGCUUAUUAAGAAAGAUUUUAAAGUGCAGAGGUUUUGUUUGAAGUCUAAGUGGUAUAGUUAUUUGUUGGGAGUUUUAGCUGCUUAUUCUACUGGUGAGCCUUUGUUUAGGUUGGUUAUGGGGGUUUCACUAAUGAAUAUUGAUGGACAGACGAGUCUUGCUCCGUUUGAGAUUGUUUCCUUGAUUAUUGAGGCUCUUGCUUGGUGCUCUAUGCUUGUCAUGGUUGCGGUGGAAACUAAAGUAUAUGUACGAGAGUUUCGUUGGUUUGUUAGAUUUGGUGUCAUUUAUAAUUUGGUGGGAGAUGCAGUGAUGUUCAAUCUUGUUCUUUCAGUGAAAGAGUUUUAUAAUAGCUCUACACUGUAUCUAUACAUCAGCGAGGUCUUUGUUCAGGUUCUGUUUGGAAUACUUCUACUUGUGCAUGUUCCUGACUUGGAUCCUUAUCCUGGUUAUACUCCUAUACCAAAUGAAUCUGUUGACAAUGGUGAAUAUCAAGAGCUUCCUGGAGGAGAGUAUGUAUGUCCUGAGCAGCAUGGCAGCAUUAUUUCCAAAAUAAUUUUUACGUGGAUGAAUCCCCUAAUGCAGCUGGGCUACAAAAGGCCUCUAACUGAAAAGGAUAUCUGGAAAUUAGAUACAUGGGAUCGGACUGAAACACUGAACAACCGGUUCCAGAAAUGUUGGGCUGAGGAAUCACAAAGACCUAAACCAUGGCUUUUAAGAGCAUUAAAUAGUAGCCUUGGAGGAAGGUUUUGGUGGGGAGGCUUUUGGAAGAUUGGCAAUGAUUCUUCCCAAUUUGUGGGGCCACUCCUACUGAAUCAACUCCUGAAGUCUAUGCAAGAAGGUGAUCCAGCUUGGAUUGGAUACAUCUAUGCUUUCUCCAUUUUUGUUGGUGUGGUAUUUGGUGUAUUAUUCGAAGCUCAGUAUUUUCAGAACGUCAUGCGUGUUGGUUACAGGCUGAGAUCAACUUUGAUUGCUGCUGUAUUUCGGAAGUCCUUAAGGCUAACUCAUGAAAGUCGGCGAAAGUUUCCGUCUGGGAAAAUUACCAACUUGAUGACAACUGAUGCGGAAGCUCUGCAGCAAAUAUGCCAAUCACUUCAUACUUUGUGGUCUGCACCUUUUCGCAUAGUCAUUGCAAUGGUUCUGCUUUUUCAACAGUUGGGCGUCGCUUCACUUCUUGGUGCACUAUUACUAGUGUUUCUGUUUCCCAUACAGACUUUUGUCAUAAGCAAAAUGCAGAAACUGUCCAAGGAGGGUUUGCAGCGCACAGACAAGAGAAUUGGCCUGAUGAAUGAAAUUUUGGCUGCAAUGGAUACAGUAAAAUGUUAUGCAUGGGAGAGUAGUUUCCAGGCAAAAGUUCAAAAUGUUCGAGAUGAUGAGUUAUCAUGGUUCAGAAAAGCAUCAUUACUAGGAGCGUGUAAUGGUUUCAUCCUAAACAGCAUCCCUGUGGUGGUGACUGUUGUUUCAUUUGGUAUGUUCACUUUGCUCGGGGGAGAUCUAACACCUGCCAGGGCAUUUACAUCUCUUUCCCUGUUUGCUGUGCUUCGCUUUCCCUUGUUCAUGCUCCCUAAUAUAAUCACCCAGGUGGUAAAUGCAAAUGUAUCCUUAAAGCGUUUGGAGGAGCUGCUUCUUGCUGAAGAGAGAAUCCUUCUACCAAACCCUCCACUUGAGCAAGGAGAACCGGCCAUCUCGAUAAGAAAUGGAUACUUCUCAUGGGAUUCAAAGGCAGAAACACACGCAUUAUCAAAUGUCAAUGUGGAUAUACCUACUGGUAGCCUAGUUGCAAUUGUUGGUAGUACUGGAGAAGGAAAGACAUCGCUUAUUUCAGCAAUGCUUGGGGAACUUCCUGCAAUGUCAGACGCAACAAGUGCUAUUAUCAGGGGAACAGUUGCUUAUGUUCCACAAGUUUCAUGGAUUUUUAAUGCUACUGUACGAGACAAUAUACUAUUCGGGUCUGCCUUUGACUCAACAAGAUAUCACAAAUCAAUAGAUGUUACUUCCUUGCAGCACGACCUUGAUUUACUGCCUGGUGGGGAUCUCACUGAGAUUGGUGAAAGAGGGGUGAAUAUUAGUGGUGGGCAAAAACAAAGAGUUUCCAUGGCUAGGGCUGUUUAUUCCGACUCAGAUGUAUACAUUUUUGAUGAUCCUUUGAGUGCUCUGGAUGCUCAUGUAGCUCGUCAGGUUUUUGAUAAAUGCAUAAAGGGCGAACUGAGCAGGAAAACUAGAGUUCUUGUCACAAACCAGCUUCAUUUUCUUUCUCAAGUUGAUAGAAUUAUACUGGUUCACGAGGGUAUGGUGAAAGAGGAGGGAACCUUUGAGGAGCUCUCAACUAAUGGCAUGCUGUUUCAAAAGCUAAUGGAAAAUGCAGGAAAAAUGGAAGAGUAUGUGGAAGAAGAAAAGGAAAAUGGUGAAACUGAUGAUCAUACAGCCACUUCAAAACCUGUUGCUAAUGGGGCAAUGAACACUUUCCCUAAGAAUGCUCAGAUAAAAGACAAGAAAGAAGGAAAAUCUAUACUUAUCAAGCAAGAAGAACGAGAAACAGGUGUUGUCAGUUGGAAAGUUUUGAUGAGGUACAAGAAUGCAUUAGGAGGCGCAUGGGUUGUAAUGAUACUCUUCAUGUGCUAUUUCCUAACAGAAGCUCUACGAGUUUCAAGUAGUACUUGGUUGAGUACUUGGACUGAUCAAGGCACCACGAAGACUCACGGACCUCUUUAUUAUAAUUUCAUCUAUGCCGCUUUAUCAGUUGGUCAGGUUAUGGUGACAUUAUUAAAUUCAUAUUGGUUGAUCAUUUCAAGUCUCUAUGCUGCAAAAAAGUUGCACGACGCUAUGCUUAACUCCAUCUUGAGAGCUCCAAUGGUCUUCUUCCAUACAAAUCCACUUGGAAGAAUUAUCAAUAGGUUUGCAAAGGAUCUAGGCGACGUGGAUCGGAGUGUUGCUAUAUUUGUGAAUAUGUUUCUAGGUCAGGUGUCCCAGCUCUUUUCUACAUUUGUGCUUAUUGGAAUUGUCAGCACCAUGUCUUUGUGGGCCAUAAUGCCUCUCUUGGUUCUGUUUUAUGGAGCUUAUCUCUACUAUCAGAGCACAGCACGUGAGGUAAAGCGCUUGGAUUCUAUAAGUAGAUCACCUGUUUAUGCACAAUUUGGAGAAGCUCUGAAUGGUCUGUCAACAAUUCGUGCAUACAAAGCUUAUGAUCGGAUGGCCGACAUCAAUGGUAGAUCUAUGGACAAUAACAUCAGAUUCACUCUUGUUAACAUGAGUGCAAAUCGCUGGCUUGGAAUCCGUCUGGAAACAUUGGGAGGCCUUAUGAUUUGGCUUACAGCAACUUUCGCAGUGAUGCAGAAUGGAAGGGCAGAGAAUCAGCAGGCCUUUGCAUCUACAAUGGGUUUGCUUCUUAGUUAUGCUUUAAAUAUUACAAGUUUGCUGACUGCAGUACUCAGACUUGCAAGUUUGGCUGAGAAUAGUCUAAAUGCUGUGGAAAGAGUUGGCACAUACAUUGAGUUGGAAUCAGAAGCCCCUCCUGUUAUUGAGGGCAACCGCCCCCCUCCUGGAUGGCCUUCAUCAGGAUCAAUCAAGUUUGAGGAUGUUGUUUUGCGUUACAGGCCUGAACUUCCACCAGUUCUACAUGGAUUGUCCUUCUCAGUUCCUCCCAGUGACAAAGUUGGGAUUGUUGGAAGGACUGGUGCAGGAAAAUCCAGCAUGCUUAAUGCUUUAUUCCGAAUUGUGGAAUUGGAAAAGGGAAGGAUCUUGAUUGAUGGUCAUGCUAUUGCAGAGUUUGGAUUGAUGGAUUUAAGAAAAGUACUUGGUAUCAUUCCACAAUCACCAGUUCUUUUUUCAGGAACUGUAAGAUUUAAUCUUGAUCCGUUCAAUGAACAUAAUGAUGCUGAUCUUUGGGAAUCCUUAGAGAGGGCACACUUGAAAGAUGUUAUCAGAAGGAACUCUUUAGGUCUGGAUGCUGAGGUUUCAGAAGCUGGGGAGAAUUUCAGUGUUGGGCAAAGACAAUUGUUAAGUCUUGCUCGAGCAUUGUUAAGAAGAUCAAAGAUACUUGUUCUUGAUGAAGCCACUGCUGCUGUUGAUGUAAGAACUGACGCUCUCAUUCAGAAAACAAUUCGAGAAGAAUUUAAGUCAUGUACAAUGCUAAUUAUCGCUCACCGACUUAAUACCAUCAUUGAUUGUGACCGGAUACUACUACUUGAUUCUGGGAAGGUUCUGGAAUAUGAUACACCAGAGGAACUGUUGUCAAAUGAAGAUAGUGCUUUCUCUAAGAUGGUUCAAAGUACAGGAGCUGCAAAUGCUCAGUACUUGCGUAGUUUAGUACUAGGAGGGGAAGGAGUAGAGAGUAGGUUAGAAAGGGAAAAAAACAAACGGUUAGACGGGCAGAGGAGUUGGCUGGCUUCUUCUCGUUGGGCUGCUGCUGCCCAGUUCGCUCUUGCUGUUAGCCUUACUUCAUCGCAUAAUGACCUUCAGCGACUCGAAAUCGAGGAUGAGAACUCUAUCCUCAAGAGAACAAAGGAUGCGGUGAUAACUCUGCAGGGAGUAUUGGAAGGGAAGCACGACAAAGCAAUUGAAGAAUCACUAAAUGAGUACCAGAUUUCAAAAGAUAGCUGGUGGUCAUCUCUUUACAAGAUGAUUGAAGGUCUUGGCAUGAUGAGCAGAUUGGGUCGAAACAAACUUCACCAAUCAGAAUAUGGCUUUGAGGACAGAUCGAUUAACUGGGAUAAUGUCGAAAUGUAGUCAUAAUCAGUAUCACUUCCAACCGGAACUCAAGAGUUUCCAACUUGCUUACACCGAACUAAUUUAUUAGUGAGCCCGAUAAUUUUUGUCUGCAAGUCUCUAAUUUUUGAUCAUAUGCUUAUAUUAUGCUGUCUCGGGACAUUCCUGUUAUGUACAUUGAACUCACGCAUCGAGGUCGGUGAACCCUGACAAUGGGUUCUUGAAAUAUAUCAUAAGUUACACA